GGUACCUUCUAUUUAUUAUUACAUGACAACCCAUUCUCUCGAACACGUAUAUAACAACUUCCAAUGUCAUUCCUCAAGAAACGUCUCAACAACCUCAUACCCAGCGAGAGUGCCAGAGGAGCUCUCCAGAAUGUCUUGACGGUCGAAUGGGGGACUCAUAAAACUGUCAUUAUUGAGGUUCCUCAAGCUGGUCCUAGUCGGUCCAACGAAGUCGAAAUGUAUGGCAUGGAUACACGGGCCGAUCAUGGAGAUUAUGGACGAUUGUUAGACGAUGAUGAUGAUGACGAGGACGAACAUGGUCAAGGCUCAAACCGUAAAGAUCGACGAAAUAAACGUCGUUCACAGACGUACAGCGCGCAUACCAGAGAUCACCAUUAUCAUGAGCCUCAUUCCUCGAGAUCUGUCUCUCAACCUCUUCCACCACCUCUAGCACCUCGUCCUCUACCAUCUCGUCAAAUGAGUGGCAAUCCAUUCGAUGAAUCGAAUGAAGUGGUCGAUCAUUCAGACAUGACUCCAGAUCAUUACGACGCUUAUGAUGGUGAAUUUGAUCCACUCGCCAAUAGCGGUACGAUCCCUUCUAUGCCCUCGACCAUUGUCAAGACGAGACCCACUCGAUCCUUCACGGAACCCGCAGUCCGCCAUCACGAAAUGGAUCCAAACGAUGUGAAUGCGCAUCAGGCGAAUCAACGCGGGUUCGAUAACCCAUGGGAAGGCAGACAGUGGGACAGGAGCCUCGAUCUAUUCAACGAGAAUGGACUACCGAGUCCCAUCAGCUCCAAAGGAACCAGAGAUUCAGCGAGCACAAAUGAGUCCAAUGGGAAUCCUUUCAGGCAAAGAAUGAGCCAGAUAGGAGGGCCGUAUCACGCCCAGUGAACGAGCGGUCGCGACGUGUAGCUUGGAUAAGUGUGUAAGAUUUGAGAUUUCGUUAUAGAGUUGUUUCCUCGGACAAUUGUUUGCGCCUUUUGGACGGUAUAUCAUACAUGUAUCUGCGGCCUGUU